AUGUUAGCAGCAAAAACUCGUUUAGUGUUCGAUGCAUCUCGUGUUGAUAAAAUCAUACAAUCAUUUUUGAGCACUCUGAAGAAACUGAUUGAAAGCAUGAGUGAUUUAACUGUGACGCCCGAUGAAGUGCCAGAAUGGUUGACUUCAGAUUUUUUUCGAGACACUUUAUCACUUACUGAAAGUUUCAUUAUUAGAAAAAUAAAAUAUGCAUGUGAAAGAGGGGAAAACUUUGCUUCUAAAAUUUAUCGGGUAGUGCUUAGUUUCCCAAACAAUGACAAAUCAUACAUUGUUAAAUCAAGGCCAAUCGGCAAUGGCUUUGCUGAAGAAUUCACAAAAAAGUUUUGCAUCUUUCCUAAGGAAAUCGAAAUGUAUACACAUGUGGAUAAAUUUGAGAACAUCUUCCAUGAAAUCGGCUUUGAUAUCGGAUUUGCUCCAAAAUGUAUCGGUGUCAAAUAUACACCAACAGACAUUUUAAUCAUUGAAGAUAUGAACGCAAAAGGUUUUAAAACAGCACGAAAGUCUGAUGGACUGAAACAGCCAGAAAUGGAAUUUGUUCUGAAAAAACUCGCACAAUUUCAUGCUGCGUCCGCUGUGCACUGUGAAAGGAAUGGUUCAUUUGAUGAGAAAUUUUCUCGUGGCAUCUACAAUAGUGAUAUGAAAGAGAUUUUCGAUCAAUCUUAUGAUUUCAACAUCUCUUUGAUUAUUAACGAGUUUUUCAGCAAGUGGCCAACACUCGAUAAAAGAAUUAUUGAAAAAAUGAAAAAUUGGCGAGACUUUACACUUGAUGAGCUCAUUCGCACGAUGAAGCCAAAGCCAGAUGAAUUCAGUUGCCUGAAUCAUGGAGAUAUGUGGAUAUCAAAUAUUCUGUUUCAAUAUGACUCCAAUGGAAAUGUCAAAGACUGUCAGUUUAUUGAUUUCCAACAAUGUGUAUUUACAUCACCAGCCAUUGAUUUGUUGAACCUAAUUUUCACAUCAGCAGAAACUGAAACAAAACUUCAAAACUUUGAAGGUUUUGUGAAGAUUUAUCAUGGACACUUGGUCGAUGCUUUAAAAGUUUUGGGAUACAAUAAAACAAUCCCGACUUUAAAAUGGCUUUAUUUGGACAUUCUUGAUCGCGCUUUUCUCGCAGUAUGGAAUUCUAUUGCCACUUUGCCGAUGUGUUUAGCAGAAAAUAUAAAAGAAUCGAGUAGCGACAACUUGUUGGGAGAGAAUGAAGAGGGAAAAAACUUCAAGGAAAAAAUUUACAACAAUGAACGAUACCGAAAGCAUUUAACUGAGUUGUUGAAUUAUUUCGAUAACCGAGGAUUGGUAGAUUUAUGUUGAAAGUAGAAGAAGUAUAAGAUUUCCUAUUAUUUUAUGUGUUUUUAUAAUUAAUAAAGGCCAGAAAGCCACAACUAGAUACACAUUUAAUGGAUUCCUAAAAUCAAUUUGUAAAUGAUAUCUUCAAUAAUUGUUUACUUAAUAAAGAAACUAAAACCGAA